AUGAGCCGCCCGCAUUUGUUCCUCGAUGCCCACGACUGGCCGCUUCCUCCGGGGCGUCGCGAAAGUACCGUUUCGUCGUCCACCCAGUCCUCGGGAGCUCUGAGCAUUGCGUCGAAUCCUCUUUUUCCUCCGCCUAGUCCAAUCACCUCGUCGCCGGGAUCCCGGUCGAGGCAGCCGUCGUGUCAUUCUUUGUAUGAUGAGGUGGUCCGGCUGCCGUUUAACCCUGCGGUGACUAUUUCGUUUGUGCGAAAUAAUAAAGUCUUUCGGCUCCGAUAUACCUUUGUCGAUAUCCGCAAGGACUCCGGGGGCAGUUUAAAGUCGCUGGAGCUGGGCGGCGGCGUUGGCCAACAAACUCCUUUCGUUCAUACCUUUCAUACGACGAGACUACCUGUCCCUCAUCUCGAACACCCUAAGCUACCAAAUGAAGCAUCCCUUCGAAUAUCAUUCCUAGAAGAACAGACCGUUCAAACAGCACACACCAUUUUCAUGACCCAAAUAUCAUAUAUCUUCGAAGACUGGAACGACUGCGUUCAGUUCCAAGAGCUAAUCCUGGCAUCGAGGCUGGUCUUCAUUGCCGGGAUCGCCGAGGCAAAAUCCAAAGGCCGUGGGGAGGAAUGUAUCAGUCAGAAUCUACGCGUUUUACAAGCUCCAAAUGGCAAGCAGGUGAUGUUGCUGUUUGCCAAUUCACAACGAAAGGAAUUCAAACGCUAUAUUUCAAUACCGGUGACUUGCAUCGAAAGUGUAAAUCCAGGAAAGAAGGCCGGGCGACCAGUGGUGUUGCAGCUUUCGCCUAAUUUUGACCUUCUCGCUCAGAUGAAAACACUACAGAUCCAGUUCCUAGACGAUGAAGAUCGCAAAUCGUUCUGCCAAUUCGUGGCAGACCAUACAAACUAA